UGGGCUUUGAUUCAUUAGGGUUUGUCAGUGUGUUAGCGCGGGUUGUAUGAAAGAUGCCAGCUCCUAAAAGGUUACGUGAACUAGUGAGAGAUAUACGAUCUGCUCGGACUGCCGCUGAAGAACGUGCUAUUGUUAAUAGAGAAUGUGCCCUUAUUAGAGAUAGUUUUCGGGAAGAAAACAAUACUUAUAGGUGUCGUAAUGUUGCUAAACUAUUAUACAUCCACAUGUUGGGAUAUCCUGCACAUUUCGGCCAGCUCGAGUGUUUAAAACUGGUCGCUUCCUCGCGUUUCACUGAUAAAAGAGUUGGUUAUUUAGGGGCAAUGCUGCUACUUGAUGAACGGACUGACGUACACCUUUUAGUUACUAAUUCACUCAAAAAUGAUCUGAAUCAUCCAACCCCCUAUGUGGUUAGUUUAGCUCUGUGCACUUUGGGGAGUAUAUGUUCUGCUGAAAUGAGUAGAGAUCUAGCCGGAGAAGUUGAACGCUUGAUCAGAUCAUCAAACGCCUAUAUAAAAAAGAAGGCGGCAUUAUGUGCCUUCCAAAUUAUUCGUAAGGUACCUGAUCUAAUGGAGAUGUUCAUACCUUGUACGCGCUCACUUCUAACUGAAAAAAAUCACGGUGUAUUACUGGCUACUAUCUGUUUGAUUCAAGAAAUGUGUGAACGUAGUCCCGAUACGUUGGGUUAUUUUCGUAAGCAAUUGGUUCCCACAUUAGUACGUACAUUGAAGAAUCUCAUUAUGACAGGGUAUUCACCGGACCACGACGUAAAUAAAAUAAGCGAUCCAUUUCUCCAGGUGAAAAUAUUAAGGCUGAUGCGGGUUUUAGGACAUGGUGACAAAACUGCCAGUGAGGCGAUGAAUGAUAUUCUUGCACAAGUAGCCACGAACACGGAGACGAGUAAAAAUGUUGGUCAUGCAAUUCUCUACGAAAUUGUCUUAACUAUUAUGGGAAUCGAAUCAGAUCCUGGACUACGAGUCCUCGCUGUCAACAUUUUGGGUCGAUUUCUGCUGAACACGGACAAAGAUAUACGUUAUGUAGCACUCAACACUUUGUUACGAGUUGUUCAUGCUGACUCUAAAGCCGUACAGAGACAUAGAUUGACAAUCCUGGACUGUUUAAAGGAUCCUGAUGUAUCAAUUCAAAGACGUGCCAUCGACUUGUGCUUUGCUUUAACAAACCAUACAAAUGUUUGUGCAAUGGUCAAAGAGCUCUUGCUUUACCUAGAACGCUGUGAUAAUGAAUUCAAAGGGGAUGUCUGUUCCAACAUUUCAAUUGCAGCAGAGAAAUAUGCUCCUAACAAGAAAUGGCAUACUGAUACUAUGAUGAAGCUACUGACUACUGCUGGAAACUUCGCACGUGACGAUGUUGUCUCCUCUUUGGUUAGUCUAAUCUCCCAGAAUCCUAAUCUACAUGCAUAUGCUACUGUCCAGCUGUUCACCGCUAUGAAGGAGGCUAUGUCCCAGCAACCUUUAGUUCAGGUGGCAUGUUGGACUGCUGGCGAGUAUGGCGACCUGCUUGUCUCACCAGAACCGUCUGAAGACAAUCCACAUCCAAUUACAGAGGCGGAAUUGAUCAGCGUGUUACAACGUGCCCUCGUCAGUGUAGCGUCAACAAUUCAAACUAAACAGAUGAUCAUCAAUGCACUGGUCAAGUUGACUACACGUCUUAGUCCAGCAUAUUUAGAGAAGCUAAGAGAAUUGAUCAAAUUCUACUCUACCAAUGUUAACCUGGAGCUUCAACAACGUUCUGUUGAAUAUAAUAAAAUUUGUAGUCAACCUACAAAUAUUCGUAAUGGUUUACUGGAUUGUAUGCCAGUAGUGUCGACAAAAGCAUUGUCGGGAACCUCGAAUCCAGACAGUGAAGGUCGCGCAGUAGAUGAAAAUGACACUAACGGCGGGAUUGGCGGUUUAAACUCAGGAAAUGUAGACGAUUUAUUGGUCAAUGGAUCAUCGGCUCAAACUCAAUCGCUUACGAUUUUUGAUUUAUUGGGUCCAGAAAAUGAAUCCGACUCCAAAAAUGGGGCCACGAAUACAACGGUAAAUGCUUCUGCCAAUAACACUCACUUGCUGGAUCUACUUGAUGCAUUCGCUCCAUCUGGCGCCGUGGUACCGCAACACAACAACAAUACACAAAGCAUUCCUGGACUUUCAAACGAUCUAUUCAGUUCAAAAAAUGGUUUUCCUGCUUCAACAAUUCAGCCUGCUACGCAACCUUCUCUCUUAGACCUCAAUUUUGUCAGUGACUCAUGUGCAGGUGUUACUAAUCAGGUUACACAGGUUCCUCCCCUCACCAUCUACAAUACCAAUGAGGUGAAAAUUGUGUUCAACUUCGAAUCUCCUUCCACUGCACCAGAUGGACGUUAUGUGAUUUCGAUUCAGUUGGUGGCAACUACUACAAGCAUCCACCCUGUUAGCUCUUUUGAAUUUCAGGCUGCAGUGCCUAAAUCCUGUCAAUUGCAACUGCUCCCACCUUCGUCUAAUGUUAUACUACCUGGUCCAAAUUCUGUACCGUUGACGCAAAUGUUGAAGGUCACUGUUCCACCGAAGGUUCGCCCGCGCAUGAAGAUUCGUCUACAGUUUAUCAAAAAUGGUGAAUCUAAAAACGAAGAAUUGCAAGUAGAUGAUUUUCCUACUGUUCUCUGGCAAUACUGAUAUUAAUUAUAUGAUAUAUAUAAUAUUCUGUGACUUUUGAGCAGAAAAUUCAUUCCUCAAUUUUUUUAAAAAAAAAAUCUAACCCGCCGUAUAUUUGGGGGUUAGUUUCGUUCUGGCUGUGCUUAAUUGUAUGUUUAUGCACAAACUUUAUUUUAAAAAGAAGACAAACAAGCAAACAGACAAUUUUUCUCCCUUGUUUGUAUAAAAUGAUGCUGUGUAUACUUAAAAGACUGUUUAUUUAACAACAACAACAACAAAAAAUAGCCACAGUGCCUCCAUUCUUACUCCCUCUCUUUAUCACUUCUGUAAUUGCCUCACUUCAUCGGCUCUUCAUCUUUUUUUUUCCACAUCACAUGUGAUCAUGAUUUCCCGUCACCCCCUCACCACGUUCUAAGUGGUGUGGAGAAGCCCUACGUUUAUUCACAUUUUUCGUUUAUCUGUGAAGAUUGUUUAUUUCGCUUCAUUUUUUAUCUCUCUCUCCCCCUCCCUCUUUCAUAUAAAGGUAAUUGUUUCCGAGGCUUAUUUUUUGUUAAUUUCGGAACGAAAGUUCACCCUCCCCCCGCAGUGUUUUUUCUUUCGUCCAGAUCAUGUCUGUUCUGAUCAUGUUUUGUGGUUUUCGGUUUCCUUAUUUUGUUCUUGCUCAACAUUUUCAAAUUUAUAUUUUGCUAGUGACACGACACUUGGUGUGUGUGUGUGUAUCUGCGUGUACAAAUCUCAUCUCAACAUUCCUGGUGGUAGACUCGAGGUCGUGUGUGUGACCGAGAUUUCCUACUCGACCGACUGCAUAAACUUGAACCACCGGCAGCCGAAUUUUUGUCUGUUUCUGUGUUUAAUUAUCAGUCACAGUGACUGAACGGCGUGCGAGGGUGUCUUCUGAAGGAGGAACUUUUCCACCUAAGGUGAUUAUACUUCCCUAAUAUAUUAUGCACCGUUGACAUUUUCUAAGCUUCCAUGAUCUAAUUUUUGUUUUGUAGUAGUAUCAUUCUGUUUGUAAGGUAUCUGCUUUGUUUGUUCGUCCGGUAACUUAUCUAUUACACACACUCGCACACACAAAUGAUGAUACCAGUAUGCGGUACAAUAAUCAACCAAUCAAGGGGUUAGAUUGCGAGUGAUCUCUUAGUUGGUAUUUAGGUAUUUUAGUUGGUCCUACUGAUGAUAAUAUUAGUGCUUUUAUUUGCAUAUAUAAUAUCUGAUUUCUACUGUUCCAGUUAUUUUUCUUCUUCUUCUUUAUUAUUAAUAUUAAUAUUAUUAUUAUUAUUAUUCCUGAUAUUAUUCACAGUAUGCUUGUUUAAGUCACGUGUCUGUUCUCACUGUCUUUAUUUAAAAAAAGAGCACUUUUAGUAAUAAAUUAUAUAAAAUGUGAUAGUGAUUUAUAUAUAUGUAAAGGUGGUUUUAAUCAUUGACUUUCUUUUAUUACUUGUUUUACAAAAUACAUAAUAUGUGUAUGUGGGAGCAGUGUUGUCAUUAUUUAUAUAUUGUACUUUAUGUUUUUUAUUUUGUUUAUUUAUUUAUUUGACAAUCCCUAUUUCAUUCACAUUCGGGUGGGUGCCCCUUUGGUAUCAUCAGUUGACCC